GAGAGAGGUGAGUUAACACGAAGGUUAUUUUAGAUGAGGGAGGAACUGUUCAGCACCAAAACACUGCCGUGAGAAGAGCUGGGCAACAGAAAGAAGAAGAGGCUUUUCUUUUAUAGCUGAAAGGAGCUUAUUCUCCCAAAUAUUUCAGGGACAGGUGAAGCAUCAUGGGGAAACACAAUAGCAAGCUGGCACCGGAGGUCCUGGAUGACCUGACCAAGAACACCGAAUUCAACGAGGCAGAGCUGAAGCAGUGGUACAAAGGCUUCCUCAAAGACUGUCCCUCCGGUAUCCUGAACCUGGAGGAGUUUCAGCAGCUCUAUGUGAAGUUUUUCCCGUACGGCGAUGCCUCUAAGUUUGCUCAGCACGCGUUUCGGACAUUUGAUAAGAACGGCGAUGGGACCAUUGACUUCAGAGAGUUCAUCUGCGCCCUGUCCAUCACUUCCAGGGGCAGCUUCGAACAAAAACUCAACUGGGCCUUCAAUAUGUAUGAUUUGGACGGGGAUGGAAAGAUCACCCGCAUGGAGAUGCUGGAAAUUAUCGAGGCCAUUUACAAGAUGGUUGGCACUGUGAUCAUGAUGCGCAUGAAUGAAGACGGGUUGACCCCUCAGCAGCGUGUGGACAAGAUCUUCUCCAAGAUGGACAAGGACCACAACGAUGAGAUCACCCUGGAAGAGUUCAAAGAGGCCGCCAAGUCUGACCCCUCCAUCGUCUUACUGCUGCAGUGUGAGAUGCAGAAGUAGACGGGGAUGGAUGGGAGGGGAGGGAUGGGAUGGGAUGGGGGACGGAGUUGAACUGAAACAAGAGAAGAACCGAGGAUGAGAGAAGUGUGAGGCAGGGGGAAGUAAGAGAGGGAUUCAUUGGUGAUGGGGAGGACAGGGGAAGUAGGGCCAGUUUUAUCCUUUUAUUUCAUGUAGUGAUGACCAGGACUGCGCCAUGUUUCCAACACAUCAGACCAUUGAUUGAAGCCAUUCUUUUCUUUCGUCCUGCCCUGCUGUGUGAUACACUUUUGCAGCUCAUAUUCAGUCUAGCAAGGAGGAUUUAGGACACUGGAAAUCCUUUUUCACUGAUGGGAAAAAUAUUUUCCCAUCAGAUAUUUAUGCACCGUUACACUAGCCGUGUUUCCAUGACCUAUUUUUAUCACUGACUCUAGAUAAAAGUGGAUGUAGACACUGUGACGCCUCUCACUGAAUUGUGGACUGCUGUUUUAAAGCCUCAAGUUUGGCCUUGGCUUUUUAGAAACAGGAAUGACCAUAUGUGGAUAACAGGAGGGAGCUGGGAAGAACGUAAAUCCUAUAAUAUAUACUGUAUAUAAAUGUACAGUGGUGGCCAAAAUUAUUAGAACACCUCACAUAUUUAAGAGCUUACAUCUGUGUGUUUUUUUUUUUAGAAUUAGCCAUUAAAAUACCCAUAAAAUGCAUGAAAUAUCCACAAAGUCAGCAUUAUGCUCCAUAAACCACAGAAUAAAGCCAUCAUAUGGAGAUUUAGGUCAUAUUUCUUACAAAAAUCAAGGUAGGGCUAUUUCACUGUCAAUGUCACACAAUGUUCCUUCACAGAGGAAGCCAACUUUCUUAUGACGGUGCUUUUGACAAUGAUCAUCACAUUGUCAGUGUAUGAUGUACAGUCUUUUUGUUUCUGAUGAACAUACACAGCCUAUCCUGCUCAUCGGAUAAAAACAGUAGGACUCACUUCAUCUGAUGUUUGUUGUGCUCAGACCAUCCAUCUACAUGUUUCAUUAACAUUAUGAAAUGAAAUCAGGUUUUGGAGGCAAAAAA